CAUGACGUCACAGGUGUGCGACGGAUCUGAACCCACGUGUCUUUCGCGCUGCGAGAACUGCAGUGUUUUCGAGCUUCUUUAGUAAGAAUAUACUUAUUCUUUUCAACAUGCGUCCGUUAACAGACGAAGAGACAAAAACGAUGUUUGAGAAACUCUCUAAAUACAUUGGGGAGAAUAUCAAACUUCUUAUUGAUCGGCCUGAUGGGACUUACUGUUUCAGACUUCAUAAUGAUCGCGUAUAUUAUAUGAGUGAAAAAAUCUUGAAGUUGGCUACAAAUAUCUCCCGAGAUAAACUGGUAUCGGUUGGUACGUGUUUCGGAAAGUUCACAAAAACACAGAAGUUUCGUCUGCACAUCACAGCUCUCGAUUUCCUUGCUCCAUACGCUAAGUUUAAGGUGUGGGUGAAGCCGGGAUCAGAGCAGUCAUUCCUGUACGGAAACCACAUCACGAAGUCCGGCCUGGGGAGAAUCACAGAAAACACAGCGCAGUACCAAGGAGUGGUGGUGUAUUCAAUGUCUGAUGUACCGCUGGGCUUUGGAGUGGCAGCAAAGACCACACAGGAGUGUCGGAAAGUCGACCCCAUGUCCAUAGUGGUUUUCCAUCAGGCUGAUAUCGGCGAGUACAUCAGAAGUGAAGACACUCUUACAUAAGAGAAUAUCUCCAGUAUUCAUGGACAGUUCAUUACAUAGUUCAUUAUUGGCAAUUGGAUUUCGUUUUACACAAGUUUUUGACAGACUUUCACAUCUUGCAUUCUUUUGGACAGUUUUCAGUGUUUAAACAAUAUAUGUUGUAGGUGACUUUUCACUGACUAUUUCUGUAUGAAAGAAAUAAAAAAGACCAACAAUUCAAGGUUUUGAAAUAACGGUAUGUUUUGUGAUUUCAUGAAUUAUUUUCUUCUGAUUUUAAAAUGAUACAGGGCAGCUGGGUAGUACCAAACCAAACAGGAUACAAAACCAGAUCAAAUCAGACCAACUU